AUGCCCGACACGCCCCUGAGACGCCGAGUUCAGAUAUAUUUGGUGUUUCUCUUCGGAUCGAUUUUAUUCCCGGACAAGACAUGUGAUCGGGUGAAGCCGUGGUAUAUGCACGUGCUCGAGGAUUCAGUACUUGAUCAGGUCGGCACGUAUUCGUGGGUUUCAAUCUGUUUGGCCAAUCUAUACAGAGAGCUGGGUAUAUGCAGUCGAGCACAGUCGAGGAGCUUGGCGGGUUGCACCACCCUUCUUCAGUGCUGGAUAUACGAGUAUUUCCCGAGAUUCCAGCCGCCGGAGGAGAGCGAGCGGUACCGCGAGUUUCAGCCUCGAUGCAAGAGGUGGAACGUGCCGCCAAAAGCGGGCACACUCGAGCAUAUUCGAGGUCGUGGGGCUACCAUAUGGUCGGGAUAUACACGAGAGUAUCCAUCGUACGUUGUAUCAUGGCACGAUCCAUUCGGGUGGCUUCAGGAUAUCCCACGCGGCUUGAUUCCAUCGAUGGAGCCAUGUUUACGCGGUCCCAAAGGAGGUGCAUCGUACAAAGUCAACUACCCAUUUCCGGGUGGUAUGUGGGACAUGGUCCAGGCUCAUUCCAUUUGUGCCAACGUAUACAAGACGGCACGACAACAAGGGGAAGUGGACGAGCACUACAUGAAUUGGUACACCGAUCGGACUCAUCUGAAGAUCACCAACCCCGACGUAGGCCCGACUCAAAUGCAUCGAGAGAAUGUGAGGCCACCAGAUCAGCCGGCUUAUUACCAGAUAGUACGUGCAUUGCACCCGAUCACCAGGAGCACUUGA